AAGUUAUUUUCCACUUUGUUAUUUCAGGAACACCACAAUGGCGGCCUCAGAUGUACCCACUAUAUCAAAGCCAGUGACCACAAUUAUCAUCUGUAUCCUCAUUAUCCGGGUAUUAACCAUUGGCUAUGUUAUUGGUGGGUUCAUUAUAAAGUUCUACCUCUCCUAUCUGGACGAGUCGGUUGUUUACAUACUAGAUCACGUGACCAUCGGAGCCUUACCCCUGGGAUCCACGCUGAUGUUCCUGAUUUACUCCCUGAUGCCCUUUAUGUUGCUCUACUCUGCUGUAGGGUUGAUAGGCCUAGUUAUGUUGUUUAAAAGAAUGAGGUUUCUGUUGAUCACGCAUGCUGUUGGUCAUUUGCCUUUAAUUGCCAUGGAAGUAGUGUACCUAUCGUUAGUAUCAUGGAUUGUGAGUGAGAAUGAUCAUGCAACAUCGGACGAAUUUGAGUUGGCCCACACAGCAGCGACAGACAGAAUGAUCUUUAGAAGUGACUAUCAGGAUUGGUCCAACUUUUUUAGAACUUUAGAAUGCUGUAACGUGACGGGACAACCGACCAGCAAUGCCUGGAUUGUAGACUAUUGGAGCUACUACUGUAAUUUCUCGACGGCAUGUCUCGAUGUCAUCCACAGUUUCAUCACAACUUACGGAAGUUUCUACUUAGCUGUCCUAUCUGUCAACAUAAUUGCAAGUUGUGUGUCAGUGGCAGUUACAGAGUAUAUGUACAGAAUGAGCAAGACCGACAUCAAAGACGUUAGAGAGAGGAAAAAAUUUACAAACGGAAUACUGGCAGAUCUUCAUAGGUACUCAGUGGCUGUUUGGCAGAGAAAUAAAAUUUUAUGGAUAUCUGGAUUUUUGAAGAUUUUUGAUAUAAUAUACGAAAUAGCGUUGGGUGUUUCUUUGUUGAUUCUGACUUUUAGUUGGCUUCGUGACUACUACCUAAAGGACGUCAUCUGGCAAAUAUGGAGAGAUGGAAUAUCAAUGGGAUACCUAGAAUACAUACUUACUAUAACCUUUCUCUGCGUUUUAUUAGUUUCGAUUGUUCUGAAAAUUUUAAACUUCAUUGCAAUAUAUAAAAGGAAACGCAUUGCACUGAUAGUGUAUAUAAUUAGCGAGUUUUUCGUGCUGGUGGUAGAAGUCAUCAUUCUAAUAUUUUUCACCUUUUUAAUAAGAAUGCUUUACUGUUGCAUAGUUGGCAUUGAAAGCUACCACUGCCAAUUUUCAAAUAAUGAUCACGGGAAAGAGCUAUGUAGCAAUACAUUGGGAAUCUGGGAUAGAGCUACGAUUAUCGUAUGGUUGUCGUUUGGAUUUUUGGUAUUUCACAUAGCAAUAAAGACAAUACAUCUCGUAAUGGCUGAUAGAAUAUUCAAGGCAAUUAGCCCUGCGAAGGAUAAGGGACAAGGCGGAUUUAUAUAUUUUUUGUUUUUGAAAAUUAAAGGGGCACCGCUUACAGCAGCAAACGUUGGCGUGGGAGUAUUCAUGAUGGUAUUCAGUACCAUUUUCCUAUGUGGACUUUUGACGGUGCGAUACGACCAAAAUGCCUAUACGAGAAUUACCGACACACUACACGGGAUUUUUCAUAACGGAACUUAUGGAAACGUUGGAACCAUUCGCGACAUGUCAUAUAUAAUGAUGGUUGUUACUCUUAUUCUCUUAUUCCUAACGCAGAUACCAUUUUUUGUGGGGCUGUAUUUGGAAAAUUCUAAACUUUUAAUCGGCGUAUAUUGGGUUGGGAUUUUCCUAUUUCUACUACAAAUUACGUCAUGGUUUAUGGUGAACUUACCGCUUAGAUUGGUGUACUGCUGUUUGGAUGGUAUAAGCCAAUGUGAGUUCUACUCUGAGAAAAAUGACCUAUACAUGCUGUGCUCUGGAGAAAGCGACCUGUGGAAAAGCACCGCCAUGGAAAUCUGGCUUUUCUGGACGUUCACGCUAGUUACCUUUCUAGUGCAGAUUGCUUGGCUUGUCCUGUGUAAUAGAUUCUACACGAACACUUUUAAAAGCAAAGGGAUAUUUAUGCUUUCUAUGCAGUCUUUGAAACAAAAUUUUAUCAGAUUUAAAGAAAGAGUACUAGGAAAACUUUCCGAUAAUCCGGUCACAGCUAUCAUAGUACUGACAAUAUCGACAUUGGUUGUUGAACUAUCAUUUGGAUUCGCAGUAGUUAUUUAUUAUUUUGUCCAUGUGUAUACCUCUGAGGUGCAGAAUGGCAUCGGACAAUUAUACCACCAUAUUUAUAAUAUCCGGUAUUUAAUUAAUGGACUCGCUUACACAUUGAUGGCGGUAAUUCCUUUGUGUAUGAUCGUCCGUCCUUUUUUGCUUUGGUUGAUCCUGUUCAAAAGGAAACUUAAUGUGUCAUUUUUUUUUGUUCUAGGAUUUUUAACAUUAAUUAUCGGAGAAAUUGUCAUGCUUGUCCAGUCUUCGAUCAUUAUGAAUGUUUUCUACACCUUCGGUUGUGAAGAGCUUGGCAUCUAUUACACCAUAUCUAGCUGCGAUACCUGCAGGGACGUGAUAUACAAUGUUGGAGUCAUCAACUUAUCAUUUAUAACGCCCCAUCUCCUUCUUAAUAUCAUAUACGUCAAACUCGUGGACAGGAUGUAUCCCUUUCUAAAAGACGAUGAAGACAAGAAAGGAGUUUUAAAGAUAUGUCUUACGACUGUUUGGCAUAAGAUGCAAUCAUUAUUCGCUGAAGAGAAUAUUUACAAAUUCUUCAAUGGAGUACAAGGAUUAAGUCUUAUUGUAGAAAUUGGGUACUGUAUAACAGUCUAUACUAUGUACUUUAUAAACUUUUCUCCGAUAAACAACGAUGUGCAGCAGGAUCUCGGAGCUCUGAGUAAAGAUCGCUAUGACAUGCAGGAUCUUCUGAAUGCUUUAUCUUUCACUCUUAUGGCUAUUAUUCCUAUAAUUAUAUGUUUCCGAGGGAUUAUGCUCUGUGCUGGUUUACACCGUCGUCCUGUUUUCAUUUAUAUAAUAAUUUCCAGUAUUUUCGUUAUCUGUAUUGGGGAGAUAGUCCUUCUUGUGCAAUCAUCCUAUCUUAUGGAUACGGCAUACGAUUGUUUUGACCGAAGUUCUUCUCAUUUUUCAUAUAAAUUUUCACAGUUCUGCGAUACAAAUCUUGCAUAUGUUUUUGAUAUUGUGGCUAUUCUUAUUUCGUAUUUGGCAAUUCAUAUAGUUCUGAAUGUGAUAAGCAUAAUUAUCCUCGAUAAACUCUAUAUGUAUGCUGGGGAUAAACCGAGCAAGAAAACUGCAUUUGUAACAACGUUUGGUCUUCUAUUUACAUACUUAAAAUCAUCAAAAACGAUUGUUGCUAACUUUGUUAUCCUUCUGCUGAUGUUUAUCAUCCGCAUGCUGUUUUGGGUUGGCUUAGUGCUAAUGGGACUUACCCCUGGAUAUAUACAUACCGACCUUCUAGACGCAAUGUGUAAGAUAUAUACAAAUGAUAUGAAUUACGGUUGGACUACAUUGGGUCUUAUGUAUUCUCAUAUGGCCAUCGUUCCACUGGAUAUUGCCUGCCAUUGUUUUGAAUUUGCAGCAGUGCUGAAAUGGAGCAAGCAGUUGUUGAAAGCUGUGUUCAUCAUUCGACUACUUUGGAUAUUUUCCGAUAUUGUCUGUUUUACAUUAUCGUCGAUUAUUCUUAAUUUGGCAUAUUGUAUAUGUGAUCCAGACUCCUAUUGUGCUUCAUCUGAUUUACAAACAUAUAAAGACACAGUUUGCAGUAAUGUGGGUUUACUCUAUGACUCCGCCGGGUUAAUGGUGGCCUAUACUGUAACAAAUUUUUGCUCUCAUGUUUUGGAAAUUGUAGCAAGUUUUUAUCUGAUUAAGAAAAGGUCCAAUUUAGUUGGUUCCACCGACAGAGUAGGACAGGAGACUAAUACUGCCACCAGUCAGGAAGAGCUGAUAGAUGUAGAGGACUUAUAGAGCUGAUCGAUGUAGAGAACUUCUAAAGGGGAAGCUUCAGUCGAUUACUGCCUGAUUUAAUGGUCAAUGACAAAGAAGAAACAGAAAUCUAUUAAAGUUCUUUUGGGAGAACUGAAAUACAUAUUCAUUAUCUGAUAUCUAUGUGUUUUUUAAAGUUUUUUUUUCUCAAUAUUUAUAUUUUUUGCAAUU